UUUUCAUUGCAGCACACAGAGCUGCAUGGCCUCCUCCUACUUCUCUCUACUAAAAGUUGGAUCUGUUUUUUCGACAACUUUUGUCUUCUUUGCUUUCACUAGAUAUGCCCUGUUGACGGAAUUUUAAGAGGUUCAACUGUAAAGAACAAGCGGUUUGGGAACUUCUGCACGCUUUACCUUUGAGCUUGGACCUUCUCAACAAACCUUGACUGCAUUUGGAAAACCUUCCUCGUUCAGUUUAAGUGUUCAAAGCCUCCUCACCAUGUCCUGCGAAUCAGACCCUUACGUCUUCUCCACCAACACACUACCCACCGACCUCCGCUUCCUCCCUCCACUGGCUAACGGGCUUCUGGGAUGGAGGGUGUACAACAAUAUCAUGCACAUGGGUGGCGUGUACAAUGGGGAGGGUGGACGUUGUCAUCGAGCAGACAUCCCCUGUCCUUUGGCUGUGAAUGUUGAGACAGAGGAACCGGCCCAGCACACCUACAGCCUGGACACCCACACAGGCAUUUUUACCCACACUCUGAGCUCAGCAAGUGUAACCGUCUCACAGUCUUUGUAUUCACACCGAUAUCACUCCAACCUGAUGGUGAUGGAGAUUCUGUUGGUGCGCCAGCAGACUUCGGCAGAGCCAAACACUGUUAAGCUGGUCAGUUCGUUCACACCUCAGAGCAAAGACAUCAUUUUCGAGUCUGGUCCUGAUUACAAAGGAGGAAGGCACAUUCAAGGAAAGACGACCAGCGCUGAGAUCCCAGGAGGUUCCUGUCCCACAGUACACCUUGUGUGGACCCCCAUAUCCUCCACUUUGACACUGCUUCCAGAGCAGAGCCAGGCUCGUUGGGGCUUCAUCCUGGUUGUGGCUAACAGUUUAGACACUGCUGAGGCCAAUUUUGAUGAGGGCCUGAACCUGAUGGCGACUGGUAACCUGCGUCCGUCUCACGAGAAGGCCUGGAAAGAACUGUGGCUGCAGAGCAAGGUUGAGGUGGCAGGGUCAGAGAGGCUCUGCAAGGCUCUGAUUGGCUGCAUGUUCUACCUGCUCAGCGCUUUCCCCUCCAUACAUGACACCUCCAGAUCUUUUGGUGGAGUCAGUCCAGGCGGGCUGUCUAAUGGUGGGGAUGGUCAAGACUACUGGGGCCAUGUUUUCUGGGACCAGGACAUUUGGAUGUAUCCUGGCAUAGCCCUUUUCUAUCCCAAGCUAGCCCGAGCCGUGCUUGAGUACAGGGUGGGUACUGUAGAUGGUGCAAAAGACAACGCCCAAAAGCAGGGCUACAAGGGACUGAAGUUCCCAUGGGAGAGUGCUGUGUCAGGGAGGGAGGUGUGUCCAGAGGAUAUUUAUGGACUGCAAGAGAUUCAUAUAAAUGGAGAUGUCACCCUGGCCUUCCAACAUUAUCUCUACCUCACUGAGGAUCUGUCCAUGUUCACAGAGGGCCGGGGCAGUGAAGUGGUUUAUGGUGUGGCUGAUUACUGGGUUUCUAGAGUAACUUGGAACCCUGAGGAACAGAAGUAUCAUCUCCUAGGUGUCAUGCCACCUGAUGAGUACUACUACAAUAUCAACAACUCUGUUUACACAAACACAGUGGCCAAAUUCAGUCUUCAGUUCGCUGUAGAAUUGGCUGACCUCCUCCAACAUCCUGCACCAAAGGAAUGGCAAGAAGUGUCCGAACACCUCAAAAUACCUUUUGACCAAGAAUCCCAGUACCAUCCUGAGUUUGAUGGCUACCUUAAAGGUAAUCCAGUGAAGCAGGCAGACGCAGUGAUGUUGGGCUAUCCUCUUGGAUUGCCAAUGUCACCAGAGAUCAGGAGAAAUGACCUUGAAGCAUAUGAGCCAGUGACAGACCCUAAUGGUCCAGCCAUGACAUGGGGUAUGUUUGCAGUCAGCUGGCUGGAGCUGGGGGAGGCUGAGAAGGCUCAACAUUUACUUGAAAAGUGCUUCAAAAACAUCCAGGGGCCGUUCCAGGUAUGGAGUGAAUCAUCUGAUGGCUCUGGUGCGGUCAACUUUCUCACGGGUAUGGGAGGAUUCCUGCAAGCUGUGCUGUUUGGUUACACUGGCUUCAGAGUCCAGAAGAAAUGCUUGGCCUUUUCCCCACUUCUUCCCAAUGACAUUUCUGAGCUCUGCAUCCGUGGUGUGAACUACCUGGGCAGUCAGAUGGACUGGCUGGUGAGGAAAGAUGACGUUUGUAUCAUACUGAGGGAACAGGCAAGCAGUGCAGGCAACGCAAAGUCCUACGAUUUACAGGUUGUCCUGAAGUCAUCGGGAGCUAAAAUCCCUCUCACGCCAGGGAAGCCAGUAACUAUUCCUCGAGAGCCCGGGUAUGUUUGUAAGGUGGCGUCAACAUCCACCUGUUGGCCUUUCUGAAAAAGCAACCAUGACCUUCCUAAUCCUUUCAUUUACCCCUUUAUUUUUUAUCUACACAGAGGGACUACAAUAAGGAUUUACAAAAUAUGGACUGCUUGUGUUUUUUUGAUUAAAAGAACAAAUGUUUAACUGUUCUGACUGCUUAUUUGUUAACGCAAUGGAAAUGUUUAUAUUUAAUAUAAAAAUUUCCAUUGUGGAAUUAUAAAUCUACAAAGAUUUCUUGCAGUAUGUCUGCAUUAUUUAGAAUGCUUUUAUAAAAAGCUAUCACGUAUUAUUAUAUGCCAUGUUAUAAAACAAUUAAAUUGUAUUGUAAAUUAUAUAUGUAUUCAAAUAAAACUCUCUACAUUUAA